AUGAUGAUUUCUGAUAUUACUCCAACUGCUCCUGUUACCCCUCCAAUGGAUUCUACUGGUGACCGUUUGAUCUCCUUAGAAUUGAAAGAUGGUACAGUCUUACAAGGUUACUCAUUUGGUGCCGAAAAACCAAUUGCUGGUGAAUUGGUCUUUCAAACUGGUAUGGUUGGUUAUCCAGAAUCAAUUACUGAUCCCUCUUAUGAAGGUCAAAUUUUAGUGAUUACAUAUCCUUUGGUUGGUAACUACGGUGUCCCAGAUCGUAACUUAAUGGAUGAAUUCGUUGAAAAUUUACCUAGAUAUUUUGAAAGUAACAGAAUCCAUGUAUCUGGUUUAGUUAUCUCUCAUUAUACUGAAGAAUAUUCUCACUGGUUAGCAACCUCCUCUUUGUCUAAAUGGUUGAAGGAUGAGGGUAUCCCAGCUGUUUAUGGUAUCGAUACUAGAUCUUUAACUAAACAUUUAAGAAACUUUGGUUCUAUGUUAGGUAGAUUGGCUUUCCAAAACCCAAAUGCCUCUUAUGAUGAAGCUACUUCUGCUAACUGGCACGCACACUUUGAUAUCCCUGAAUGGAGCGAUCCAAAUGUUAUCAACUUAGUUGAAAAGGUUUCCACUAAGGAACCAAAAUUAUAUACCCCUCCAACCGAUAACAAGUCUGUCAACAUUCAGAGAGGUCCAGACGGUAAGAUCUUAAGAAUUUUGGCUAUCGAUGUCGGUAUGAAAUAUAACCAAAUCCGUUGUUUCAUUAAACGUGGUGUCGAACUAAAGGUCGUUCCAUGGAAUUAUGACUUCACCAACGAAGAAUAUGAUGGUUUAUUUAUUUCUAAUGGUCCAGGUGAUCCAUCUGUCUUGACUAAUGUUUCAAGCAAGUUAUCUGCUGUCAUCAAAUCCAAGAAAACGCCAAUAUUUGGUAUUUGUUUGGGUCAUCAAUUGCUGGCUCGUGCUUCAGGUGCUUCCACCAUGAAACUAAAGUUUGGUAACCGUGGUCACAAUAUCCCAUGUACUUCCACUACUAGUGGUAGAUGUUACAUCACUUCCCAAAAUCAUGGUUUUGCUGUCGAUGUCGAUACCUUGCAAGAUGGAUGGAAAGCUUUGUUUACAAACGCUAAUGACGGUUCCAAUGAAGGUAUGUACCAUACUUCAUUACCUUAUUUCUCUGUCCAAUUCCACCCUGAAUCAACUCCCGGUCCAAGAGACACUGAAUUCUUAUUUGAUGUUUUCAUUCAAUCUGUUAAAGAAUUCAAGGAAUCUGGUGUUUUGAAACAAGUCCAAUUCCCAGGUGGUGAUAUUAUUGAAAACCAAAAUGCUCAUCCAAGAGUUGAAGCCAAGAAGGUCUUAGUUUUAGGUUCUGGUGGUUUAUCUAUCGGUCAAGCUGGUGAAUUUGAUUACUCCGGUUCUCAAGCCAUCAAAGCUUUAAAAGAAGAAGGUAUUUAUACCAUUUUGAUUAACCCAAAUAUUGCUACUAUUCAAACUUCUAAAGGUUUGGCUGAUAAAGUUUACUUCUUGCCAGUCACUGCUGAAUUUGUCCGUAAGGUUAUUUUACAUGAACGUCCGGAUGCUAUCUAUGUCACCUUUGGUGGUCAAACUGCUUUGUCAGUUGGUAUUGAAAUGAAAGAUGAAUUUGAAGCUCUUGGUGUUAAGGUUUUAGGUACUCCAAUUGAUACCAUUAUUACAACUGAGGAUCGUGAAUUAUUUGCUAACGCUAUUGAUGAAAUCAAUGAAAAGUGUGCUAAGUCCCACGCUGCUUCUUCUGUCGAAGAAGCUGUAACUGCGGCAAAUGACAUUGGCUAUCCAGUUAUUGUUCGUGCUGCUUUUGCUUUAGGUGGUUUAGGUUCUGGUUUUGCCAAUAAUGAAAAAGAGUUAAUUGAUCUAUGUAAUGUUGCUUUUGCAUCUUCUCCACAAGUUUUGGUUGAAAGAUCAAUGAAAGGCUGGAAAGAAGUUGAAUAUGAAGUUGUUCGUGAUGCUUUUGACAACUGUAUCACUGUCUGUAAUAUGGAAAAUUUUGAUCCUUUAGGUAUUCAUACUGGUGAUUCGAUAGUUGUUGCCCCAUCUCAAACUUUAUCUGACGAAGAUUACAAUAUGUUAAGAACUACAGCCGUUAAUGUUAUUAGACAUCUGGGUGUGGUUGGUGAAUGUAAUAUUCAAUAUGCACUAAACCCAUUUUCUAAGGAAUAUUGUAUCAUUGAAGUUAACGCUCGUUUGUCCCGUUCCUCUGCCUUGGCUUCCAAAGCUACCGGCUAUCCAUUGGCAUAUACUGCUGCUAAAUUAGGUUUAAACAUUCCUUUGAAUGAAGUCAAGAACUCUGUUACAAAAUCUACUUGUGCUUGUUUUGAACCUUCUUUAGAUUAUUGUGUUGUUAAAAUGCCACGUUGGGAUUUAAAGAAAUUCAGCAGAGUUUCUACUGAAUUAUCCUCUUCUAUGAAAUCUGUUGGUGAAGUUAUGAGUGUUGGCAGAACCUUUGAAGAAGCAAUUCAAAAAGCUAUCAGAUCAACUGAAUACGCUAACACUGGUUUUAACGAAACAGAAUUAGAAAUUGAUAUUGAUUACGAAUUGAAUAACCCAUCAGACUUACGUGUUUUUGCUAUUGCUAAUGCAUUCUCCAAAUUUGGCUAUUCUGUUGAUAAGGUUUGGGAAAUGACCAAGAUUGAUAAAUGGUUCUUGAACAAAUUAUACGAUUUAAUCAAAUUUGGUAAUAAGAUGACUGAAUUUGGUUCCAAGGAGUCUUUACCUCCAAUUGUUUUGAAGCAAGCUAAACAAUUAGGAUUUGAUGAUAGACAAAUUGCCAAAUUUUUGGAUUCCAAUGAAGUUGCCAUCCGUCGUUUAAGAAAAGAAUAUGGCAUUACUCCUUUUGUUAAACAAAUUGAUACUGUUGCUGCAGAAUUCCCUGCCCACACUAACUAUUUGUAUAUGACUUACAAUGCCUCUUCUCAUGAUUUGACCUUCAACGAUAAUGGUGUAAUGGUUUUAGGUUCUGGUGUCUACCGUAUUGGUUCAUCUGUUGAAUUCGAUUGGUGUGCUGUUACUGCUGUAAGAACUUUGAGGGCAAACAACAUCAAAACUAUUAUGGUCAACUAUAACCCAGAAACAGUUUCAACUGAUUAUGACGAAGCCGACAGAUUAUAUUUUGAAACCAUUAACUUAGAAAGAGUUUUGGAUAUAUAUGAAAUUGAAUCUUCUGAUGGUGUUAUUGUUUCUAUGGGUGGUCAAACUUCAAAUAACAUUGCUAUGAGUUUGCAUCGUGAGAAUGUUAAGAUUUUGGGUACAUCCCCAGAGAUGAUUGAUUCAGCUGAAAACCGUUACAAAUUCUCCCGUAUGUUGGAUCAAAUAGAAGUUGAUCAACCAGCUUGGAAAGAAUUAACUUCUUUAAGUGAAGCGGAAGAUUUUGCUCAAAAGGUUGGCUUCCCAGUUCUGGUUCGUCCAUCUUAUGUCUUAUCAGGUGCUGCCAUGAAUACUGUAUAUUCUAAGGAUGAUUUAGAAUCUUACUUAAACCAAGCUGUCCAAGUUUCUCGCGAAUACCCUGUUGUUAUCACUAAAUAUAUCGAAAACGCUAAAGAAAUUGAAAUGGACGCAGUUGCUAGAAAUGGUGAAUUGAUUAUGCAUGUUGUCUCUGAACAUGUUGAAAAUGCUGGUGUCCACUCUGGUGAUGCCACCUUAGUUGUUCCACCACAAGAUUUGGAUCCAGAAACUGUUCAAAGAAUUGUUGUUGCUACUGCUAAAAUCGGUAAGGCAUUGAAAAUUACUGGUCCUUACAAUAUUCAAUUCAUUGCUAAGGAUAAUGAAAUUAAAGUUAUUGAAUGUAACGUUCGUGCUUCACGUUCCUUCCCAUUUAUUUCUAAGGUUGUUGGUGUUAACUUAAUUGAAAUGGCUACCAAAGCUAUUAUGGGUUUACCAAUCACCCCAUACCCCGUUGAAAAGUUACCUGAUGACUAUGUUGCUAUUAAGGUUCCACAAUUCUCUUUCCCACGUUUGGCUGGUGCUGAUCCAGUUUUAGGUGUUGAAAUGGCUUCUACUGGUGAAGUUGCCUCUUUUGGUCACUCUAAGUACGAAGCGUACUUGAAAGCAUUAUUGUCUACCGGUUUCAAGUUUCCAAAGAAAAACAUUUUACUAUCUAUAGGUUCAUACAAAGAAAAACAGGAAUUGCUACCUUCGGUCAAAAAAUUAUAUCAAAUGGGUUACAAAUUAUUUGCAACUGCUGGUACAGCUGAUUUUAUUUCAGAACACAAUAUUCCAGUCCAAUACUUGGAAGUCUUAAGUGAAGAAGACGAGAAAUCUGAAUACUCGUUAACCCAACAUUUGGCUAAUAAUAAGAUUGAUUUGUAUAUCAACUUGCCUUCUGCUAACAGAUAUCGUCGUCCAGCAUCAUAUGUUUCUAAAGGUUAUAAAACACGUCGUAUGGCCGUUGAUUAUUCGGUACCAUUAGUUACAAACGUUAAAUGUGCUAAGCUAUUAAUUGAAGCAUUAUCCAGAAAUUUGAACUUGGAAGUUUCUGAGCGUGAUUCACAAACUUCCCAUAGAACUAUUACCUUACCUGGGUUGAUUGAUAUUGCUGCCUUUGUUCCAAACAUUUCAAAUGUUAUCAAGGGUCCAGCUGAAUUGAAAGAAGCAUCAAGAGUUGCUUUGGAAGCAGGUUUCGUACAUUGCCAAUUAAUGUCCAGAGCUUUAAGAUCUCCAAUUGUUACUGAUGCCAUUUCACUAAAAGCUGCAUACUCUACUGCAACAGAUUCAUCAUACACCAACUAUUCUUUUACUGUAUCUGGAACUAGUAAUAACCCAGAUUAUGUUGCCGAAACAUCUAAGGAUGUCACUGCCUUGUUUUUGCCUUUCCAUGAAUUAAAGAGCAAAUUUUCUAUUGUUUCCGAUUUACUAAAGAAUUGGCCAAUUGACAAGCAAGUUAUUGCUGAAGCCAAGACUUCUGAAUUGGCAUCAAUCUUAUUAUUGGCAUCUUUGCAAAACAGACCUAUCCAUAUUACUGGUGUUUCCAACAAAGAAGAUUUAUCAUUGAUUAUGACUGUCAAAGAAAAGGAUACCAGAGUUACUUGUGACGUUAAUAUCCAUUCCUUGUUUGUUUCUCAAGAUGAUUUCCCAGAAUCUCGUAUUUUACCAACUAUUGAGGAUCAAGAAUUCUUCUGGAAAAAUUUGGAUGCCAUUGAUGCUUUCUCCAUUGGUUCUUUACCUGAUGCUGUUGCUCAAGUUACAGGCAAUAAGAUUUCAGUUGGUUUAGGUGUCAAGGACACUUUACCAUUAUUGUUGUCUGCAGUCGAUGCAGGUAGAUUAACUAUCGAAGAUAUCGUUGAAAAGUUACAUGACAAUCCAAUUAAGAUUUUCAAGUUACCACAACAAGAUGCCUUGGUUGAAGUUGAUAUGGAUUAUCCAUUUAAGCACACAAAAAGAUGGUCUCCUUAUAUGAAGGGUGGAUUGAAUGGUGGUGUUGAACGUGUUAUUAUCAAUGGUGAAACCGUUGUUUUAAGCGGUGAACUUGUCGCUACGGAAUUAAGAGGUGACUGUAUUAGCACUGUUGCCCCAGCUCAAAUUGUUAGUGUUCCUCCUGAGAUUCCUCUACCUAAGACUGGUACCUUCAACAAGAGAUUCUCGUUUUCCAGUGAAAGACACUCUAUCAGCGGUAAUGAAGCCGUUGAAGAAGUAUUCGAUCAACCUUUGGAACAAAAGUUAAUGUCAUCUAGACCACCUAGAGAAUUAAUUGCCCCUGGUGCAAUCCAAACUUUAAUCCGUGGUAACAAUCCAUUUAAGGGUAGAAAUAUCUUAUCCAUUAAGCAGUUCAAGCGUUCUGAUUUCCACGCUUUGUUCUCUGUCGCACAAGAGUUGAGGGCUGCUGUAGAAAGAGAAGGUAUUCUUGACUUAAUGAAAAGCAAGAUUAUAACCACUAUAUUUUAUGAACCAUCUACGCGUACCUCUUCUUCCUUUAUUGCUGCUAUGGAACGUUUAGGUGGUAGAACUGUUAAUAUUAAUCCAUCUGUAUCAUCUGUUAAAAAGGGUGAAACAUUACAAGAUACUAUUAGAACUUUAGCUUGUUAUACUGACGCAAUUGUUAUGCGUCACCCAGAUGAAAUGUCUGUUCACACUGCUGCUAAAUAUUCUCCAGUUCCAAUUAUCAAUGGUGGUAAUGGUUCUCGUGAACACCCUACUCAAGCAUUCUUAGAUUUGUUUACUAUUCGUGAAGAAUUAGGUACUGUCAAUGGUAUCACUGUCACAUUUAUGGGUGACUUGAAGAAUGGUAGAACCGUUCAUUCCUUGUGUAGAUUGUUGCAACAUUAUCAAGUUACCAUUAACUUGGUUUCUCCAAAGGAAUUACGUAUGCCAAACGCUCUGUUAAAGGAAUUACAAGACGCAGGUAUGUUGGGUGAAGAAAGUGAAAUGUUAACUCCGGAAAUUAUUUCUCAUUCUGAUGUUUUGUACUGUACUAGGGUCCAAGAAGAAAGAUUCGAAGACAAGGCUGAAUAUCAACGUCUAAAGGAUGUUUACAUAGUCGAUAACAAGAUUCUGUCUCAUGCUAAACAAAAUAUGGCAGUCAUGCAUCCAUUACCUCGUGUUAAUGAAAUUAAAGAAGAAGUCGAUUACGAUCAUCGUGCUGCCUACUUCAGAGAAAUGAAAUAUGGUUUGUAUGUCAGAAUGGCCUUAUUAGCAAUGGUUCUAGGUGUUGACCAAUAA